AAACAACCUCCGGCGGCCGCCUUCUGACGAGAUAGAAGUCGCUUUCGGAAGUAGUGCACCGGCACUGUCGCGUCUGUGUGUGUGUGUGUGUGUGUCUGUGUGGGGCGGUGUACUACCACCCUUUGUUUACUACCCAGAGCUCUCGGUUGUGGCUCGGUUGCCUGCUCUAGCCCGGUUUAUGCACUGCGCCGGCGGGUUAAAGGGCUGGUCACAACCAACUCCGUGGCCGGCGUGGAAGUGAGAAGGUGGUUGAUUGGUGGAAACGCGAACACUAAAAACCCGAUCCCGAACCGAACCACACGCCCGGUGGGGUGUGGUGGGAAGGAAGGGGAAGGCACUUUUCCCACUAUCCUUGUGUGUGUCUGUGUUGCGGUGUUGGAAAAAGGGUGGGAAAAGUGUGGAAAUGGAAUCACACUUCCCAGCCAAGCGCGCAUUCCACCAAUAGCAUUGGGGGUGAAGUGGAGUUGAAGGAGGAAGAAAAGGACUUCAUCCCGACAGGGCCUGUGUGUGUCUGUGUGUGUAUGUCUGUGGCCGGUGGUCAUGUGUCAUGCACCGCGCGAGACGUUAUGACGGCGAAAUGAGCUUUGCGUGUGUGUAUGGACUGCAUAUGUAUGCAGUUCGGGUCUUUUCCGGUGCAUACAGCGAAGCGUGUGUGGUGCGCGCCACCCCCGGGGUGUGUUUGUGUGUGUGCAUGGCGUAAAAUUGGCAAAACGGCACAACGGAGGGCUUUCGCGCGAGUGCCAGUCGAGUCGAGAAAUCGCUCUGGCAGUGCACUAGCGAGCGCCAGACUAGACGGGGACGCCACCGCGUGUAGACCACCGCCCUAGGAAGAAGCGCCUAGAACGGUAACGGUUGUUUUCCCGGCACCCAAUUUCCGCGCCCCCCACGCUCCUCUGUCCAGGGGAAGAGGGAGAAGGGAGAAGAAGAAAAAGGGACUGUUGUGUCGGCUGGGAAUGUGAAGCAAAAAAAAACUGACAAUACCCCGGAAAUAGUAGGCCUGGAAAUUGAACUGUGUGUUCGCGUCUGUGUGUAUGUGUCUGUGUGUGUAGUUACCGUGCCAAUAGAACAUCCAUUUUGUUUCGUGAAAAAAAACACGAGAAAAGGGGAUUGAUUUUUGCCCCUUUGAAGUAAAGUGCGGGUUAGAGACUCCUCCCGUCUGGCGCUGCCCGCAUUUGUUUGAAUGGUGUGGUGGUGGUGUCUGACUGUUUGGUGAAAGGUGACCACGGUGGCCAAGUUUGAAUGGUGUGGUUCAGCAAUGAGUGAAACGGUAAUACUUUCGAAAACGAGCUCCCGCCAGCGGCCACCGCAACCCACGACGGGGGCAGCUACCGCCGCAGCCACUACGAAUCCCUCCCUCGGUGGCAAUACAAUGGUUGUGGGCGGCAGUGAGUCGGUGGGACGGUUGGAAAAGCUGGCCAGCAAAGGAAAGGCCAGCAGUGCUGCGUCCCUGGCGAUGGUGAAGGAGCUAGUGCACCGGGACAAUAGCCGGCUGGUGAAGGAUCUGAUGGCGCUGCUGGCCAUCCGGGAGGCGACCAAGGAAGUAGUGGCAUUACCACCAACACCACCACCACCACCGCCGCCGCCGCCACCGUCCUCAGCCGGACAAUCAAACAGCGACGAUGGGGAGGGAAGAAGAAGAAGGAAGCCGGAGCAGAAAAACCGGCCGGGCGAUGGUGAUACGGCAACGGCGGCACUACACGACGACGGCGAGGCAGGCGAAGCUGCUGGGACCAAGGCGGCAACGGCGGCUGCAGUUGCAUCACUGCUGCAUCGCACGGCAACGAAACAGUUUUCGUCGCUCGCCGGGGAAAUUAUAGCCAUUGCCGACGACGACGACGACGACGGGCCCGAGCAUGAGGACGACAGGCCGACGGCGCGUAGUAGUAACGAAGCAGCAGCAGACGAGAUACGAGGCACCGGGACCGAUGGCGCGAUGAUGCUGCACGCAGACGCAGCAGCUGCACCGACGACGGACCUUAGCACGACGAACGAGCGGCCCACCGACGACGAGGAGCGGGAAGAGCUGGAGAAGCUGUUUUCCGAGCGAAGCGAGCAGCAUGCGGAAAAGGAUGAAGUUUUUCCUGCUGGCCGGUGGUGGUGUGAUCAGCAGCAGCAGCACAGCGGGGCAACGAAGACUGAGACGGCACGAGACGACGGCAGCAAACUGCCGCAACGCCCUAAAGUGGGAUGUUUUCUGUCUGGGCCGGUUUCGCCAGCGGAAGGUGCGUGUCUGGUGCGUACGGCCGGCGCCGGCACACCCAUACCACCCGACCUGGGCGCAGCAGUGCAGCAGCACCACCACCACCCGCCGGUGGUGUCGCUCACGCUGGAACAGAAGCUGGACAAGCUGCUCGACAGCGUGGUCAAGAUCAAGGCGGACAUGCACCGGCGUAUCGAUCGGCUCGGCAAGCGGGUCGAGCAGAUCCAUCUCGACGUGCAGCUGAACAUCGACAGCACGGACCGGGCGCUGCUGCGCAACGAUCUGCUGCUGAUCGGCAUUCCGCACCGCGAGCGGGAGGACCUGCAGGCGUGCUUUCGGGCCGUGUGCCGGGCGCUCGAGUACGGCGAGCAGGACAUCCCGCAGGUUGACAUCCGGCGGCAGCGCGUGACCGGUGGCUCGUCGAACCGUCACCAUCCGCCGCCGAAGCUCGGUGGUGGUGGAACGGGUGAACCGUGCCCACCGCCGCCGGCACCGAUCGUGGUGGAGUUUAUGUUUAAAACGCUGCGCGACCAGUUCUACCGCGCGUACCAGGCCAAGCGGGUGCUGCGCCUGUCCGACUUGGGGUUCGCGAGCGAGCGGCGCUUCUUCGUCAACGAGGUGCUGACCAAGUACAACCAGAAGCUGAUGGCGGAAGCGGUGCGGCGCAAGCGGCUCGGCCUGCUCCACUCCGUCUACACCGUCGACGGGAUCGUGUACGUGCAGCGGGUGGCCGGCGAAAAGGGCACCAAGGUGACCAGCUUUUCCAGCAUGAACUGACUUUGACUGACUGAGUGAGUGAAGAGAACAGGCGGGCGCGCAAGCACGCUGAAAAUGGUGUAGAAUUUUUCAUAUCGCGAAGGAACACAAAAAACACAGGGGCUCGACAUAAUACUAACCAAGUCUUACAAAACACGCAAAAAUAUGCUGCCAUUUUAGGGAGAAAAAGAGAGCGAGAGCGAAAGAGAAAGAUUGGAAAACGAAACAUAAAAUAAGGAAACACGAUGCAAGAUGCAAACAGACGAAGCGAAACAGGAAGCUGAAGUUGUAGAAACCAGAAACAGAAAACACAGAUACAGAACGAUAAUGUUAUUGGAUAAAAUAGAAUAAUAACCGAAAGAGAUAAAGAGAAAGUAACAGAGAAGAGAACGUAUAGAGAAACAUAUUGAAGAGUUAUAUUUUACUGUACUCCAGAGAAGGAAAAAACGCACUAAAAAACGAGCCAUUUGGCAAUAUGAAGAGAUAUUCCAAAUACGCCACUCCACCACCAACUCCGUGAAAAAAAAACUAGAAAUUUAUGAAACAGUGGUAACAUACAGCAUAAAUAAGCAGCAUAUAUGUUAAACGAGGAUGAAAUAAUUUACUAACUGGUGAACCGUAUUUGUGGUAUAUUAUGAUCGUGUAGUUUUAUUUAACGUUAGCCAAGCUCAAGUGGGCUAACAUAUGCGAUUAAGAACUGAGAGAGGUAGUCAGGGGAAAGAAAUGAUACUUAAACCAAGCAAAAAAAAAAAAGAAAACAGGAACUGAUGAAGUUGUGAGAUGCGUUAUUAGCUGUGAUGAUACAAAAAAAAAAAAAAAAACAACAACAGACAUUUGAUUGUGUGAAGCGAUGAAAAGUGUGCAGAAGAGGAAACACCAUUAAAAGACAUUAACAUGAGAUAAGAGAUGAACAAACGACGAUUACCGUAUCUAAGUUAACUUGGGGCAGCCGCAUAAAAAGGGGUCAGCUCAAUAAUGGCUAAAACAAUGAAAGGGAGACUUGAAACGAUUUACGAAUUAUUGCAAUUAAAAGACUUUGAUUGAUUGAAGGGGAGAAAAGAAAAGGUAGAGAAAGAGGCAAAACAUACAAAACACAAUGGAAACUCGAAAGUAAUAUAAUGUUGCAUACUUGCGAUAGGCUGUAACAGAAGUAUAUAGUAUAUACACAAAUAUAUAUAUUAAAAAACAAAGCUCUAGAAGAUUAUGAAUAUGAAGAGUGGAGUAGAACAGAAGCUCAAAAACUCUCAUCUAAACUAAAAAGAGUAAGCAAGAAACGAGAGAAUGGAGAAAGAGAAUGGGAUGUCAUAUAUAUAUUGUCCUUACUACUUAUUACUGUAACACACAAACACACACACUAAUCGUUGUUGUUCGCACCCAUUUCAAUUUUGCAUAAUUUGGAGCUAUUUUGAUUGAUGUGUAUCGAGUUUUGCAUAAAGUUAUGAUGGAAUUCUUUCCCCUCGCCAUGGUGUGUUUGUCAGCAACCCUCUUCCCCCAUUAGCGCGCACUAUUCAAUUCGCAAAUAAGGUGAAAAUGUUUCAAAGAAAAGAAGGGCAAACUGUUGACAGUGGAUCGAUCCCAUCCCCCGCUAGAGCAGCUCGUACAAAAUGCGGGCAGAGUGUUUAUUUUAUUAUGUACGUAAAAAAGAUGAGCACAGAGAGCAUAAAUAGUAUGUAGUGUAGGGUGUUUUUGUAUAAUUCUGUUAUUUUGUUGAGCUACUCUAUCCAUAUUGAAUUUAUGUUAAAGCGUGUGAAGCACCACGUGAGUGUGUCGCGUGGUUUUGCGAAGAGAAGGGAAGGAAGAGAUGUUUGAGCGAAGAAGGAGGCGAGCAGAAAACUGCAAAUCCAAACAGACUAUUGAAGGCUGAAUCUCUAAUAAUAUACUUAAAAAAAUACCAAUACCAGAUUUAACAGAAAACGGAAGAGCUCUAAACCUGUCGAAAUCCAAUAGGAAACACAGGACAGACACACGUAUUCGUAUAUUAACGUUUUCCUAUGAGAGACAAACAAAUUGACUGAUACCGAUACGCUGCAAACAAGAUUGUGUCCUUUUUGUGAUGAUGAUGAUGAUGAUGAUGAUGGGGAAGAAGAAGAAGAAGAAGCAGAUAAAGCAGAAAAUAAUAAUUUAUGAAUCGGCGGUGUAAUCUCGUGUUCGUGGUGAACGACGUGAACAACCUCCUCCCCCGUUUUACCGUUUGUUGAGGAAAUUAUAUUUAACGUUCCGGGCGGUGGGAAAAUUCGUCCAACAAUCCCCAAAAGCACCACGUGCACAAUAAUUAGAGAGAGAGAGAGAGAAAAAACGCGAGGAGCCACGUGGG